AUGGAAAGGAUUUUAACCUUUGAAAUAGAACAGACAGCCAGAGUCAGAGAACAGGAGAUGAUGAAGAAUAUAUCCGCCACAGUCACAGACCUGGAACUAAGAGACCGAUAUUUAUCACUUUCUUUGUUGGAUGUACACAAUAACAUGACCAUCUUUGACAACACGCUUUCAAGGCUCAGGCAACAACAGAAGACAAACGAACAGCAACAGAAUAUGACAAUACAAAACUUAUCACUUUCUGUGUUGGAUGUACACAAUUACACAGCAGAGCUAUCGUCUUCUCUUUCUAGUUUGGAUGCGCAGCAGAAACGGAUGAAGAGUGAGAUCCAAACACUGACAAUUUCCCAGCAAAAUGAUAUUACCAAAUUGAAUGAUACAAUUAUCCAUCUUAAGAAUCGUGUUCAAUCCAAUGUAGCUUUUACAGCUGGAAUUAUAGGAGAAAGUGGUGGACAUACAUAUACAGGAACUGUUAAAUUCCCAGAAGUCAUAUACCAGGUCGGAGGAGGAUACAAUCCUACAACAGGAGUAUUUACCGCCCCGAAGGCUGGACUCUAUCUUAUAUUCUGUACUAAUGUGGCAAAAUAUCACGAAACCUUUUGGACAAAAAUAAUGAUGAAUGGUUCAGUUAAGGCAGGAGCCAUGGCUUACGUUGGAUCAUCUACUAUGAAUGUCCACCAGUCAGCCUCCAACCUUGUUGUCCACCAGUUACAGGUGGGGGACAGAGUCUGGAUAGAAGUAUUUAGUGGAAGUCAUCUGUACUCAGCUUUAUCAGAUACAACCUUUUCUGUGAUCAUGAUCAACGGAUCGGAUUAA